AUGGCGCUAUUCCUUCCUAGGUUUGUUGUGUUGAGAUCAAACAAUGACAAGUAUUUGCGUUACGUUAGAGACGGAAAGUUGCGCAAUCUGAUUAAAUGCGACGGACAGGAGAUUAUUAGUCCUGUAUCCAAGUUCAAAAUAGAGAAAGCCAAGAGCCACAGAGAUUUAGUCCAUAUAAGAUGCUGCUACACCAACAAAUACCUUCGACGCCGUGACGAAGAAGCAUUAACUGUGGGCGCAACAGCUGAUGCAGCCGACGAGGACCAAUCCAAAUGGUCAUGCACCCUCUUCAAGCUCCUUCCUGUAGAUGACAAAACCUUUCACUUCCGGCACGUCGAAAGCGGCUGUAAUCUCUACCAGUGGCGAUCAACUGAUGACUAUGACGGCUGCUUAUUUAUCGCAACUUCCGACGAUGACGAGGACGCCCGUGGGAGCGAUCUCUUCUCAUUCACCGACUGGGAGUCACUUGUGAUACUGCCCAAACAUGUGGUAUUCAAGGGAGACAACGGCAAGUAUUUACGUUACCGCGGUAAUGAUAGCGAUGAUGGCGAUGAUCAUAUGGAAUUUGGGUGUGAUGAUAUUGGGUCUAUAAAACUUACUAGCGAACCUGUUACUAAUUAUGACGGCAGUGUCUGUUUUAAGCUGGAUUACAAUGAAAAAUUCUGGGAGGCAACUCCAAAUUGGAUAUUUCCAACCUCAGCCAAUCCGAAGACAUGGUUUCGGCCGGUGAAACUUGCGCCAGUUUCAGGUAAAGACAAUAUUAUUGCUCUCAAAUGUUUGGGCAAUGACAAAUUUUGCCGUCGAACCGAUUACGACGGUACCGUAGAUUGUCUGGCAGCUGCAACCUGGGCCUCGACGAUAGACAAAGAGGCGAAUCUGCAGGUGGAAGAGCCCAUCCUGAAUAGGGAAGUUUACGAUGUGAGUUUCCGUCUGGAUGACAUGAGGGUAUACAAGGAACAAGUUCUAGUUCUGGCAUCCGAUGAAACCACCAACAUGACUGGUACCGAAAUUAAGGAUUCUGAACUGAGUUUGGCGUACGAAGACACGAAAACGAGCAGCUAUGCGAAUAGCCUCUCGGUUCAAACUAGUAUCGAAAUGGGAUUUGAAGCCAACAUUCCACUGCUUGAAGGUGCAUUAUCCCUUGGAGUGUCGUCUAGCUUUUCAAUUGAGUACGGAGAGAAAUACUCGUGGGCGGAGACAAAGAGCAAGACCAACCAACUGUCUGCUGUCAUUAAAGUUGUAGUGCCUCCGAAGACGAGAGUGAAAGUAGAUUUGGUGGCCACCAAGGGAUUCUGCGAUGUUCCCUUUUCUUAUGCUCAACGCGACACUCUUACCAGUGGCCAACAGUUUACUUAUAUUAAGGACGACGGGGUUUAUACCGGCAGCAAUUACUUUGGAUUCAACUUUGUCGUCAAGGAGGAGCCACUCGCCGGCUGA